AUGAAUAGAACUUAUGCUAACUUUGUUCAUGACAUUGGAGAAAAACGUACAUCUGAUGAAGAAAGAAGAUUUGUUAAUUUAGUAUUAAAAGAAGAAGGAAAUGGAUUAAAUAACACUAGCCCUUCUUAUAUGAAGGAGUAUAUUAAAAAAAUGAUGAAUAUUUAUGAAUUAGGAUAUAACGUAGAACAAUCAGUAUUUAUGAUCAUCAACUCAACUCAACACCAAAAUUCUAAUUUACAAAAAACUGCUCUCAUUGCUACUUCAGCAAUCAUAACAAAUGACUCUGAAUUCUCUUUGUUAUUAACUAACUCUCUAACUAAACUCCUUGGUCCAACAUCAACAAAUCCAUUAUAUGCAUUACGUAUUUUAUCAAGAUUUAUUACUACAACAACUAUGCCAGCAUAUUCUCCUCAUAUCAAUCAAUUAUUAAAAUCAAAAGAUCCGAAUAUUCGCGCAGCAUCAAUUCGUUCAUUAUAUAGAAUAUUUUUAUUAUCUGAUCAUGAUUCUCAGUCAAUAAUUAAAUCAGCACUAUCUGUUGCACUUGUUGACCAAUCAAUGAUUGUGGUUGAAUCUGCUAUUCCAAUAAUCACACAAAUUAUGUCAAAAACAACUCAAGAUAGAAGGAUAUGGCCUGGUCUCAUUGAUGUGGCAUUACGCUAUUUAUUAUUAUUCGCUGGUUAUUCAAAUGAAAACAGUAAAAAAAUUCCUUCACAAUAUAAAGGAUAUAAAAUAAAUGAUAUAUGUGCACCAUACCUUCAAAUAAAGUUAUUAAGAUUAUUGAGAGUAAUGAAUCCAAGUACUAAAUAUUAUCAACAAUCAAUGGCAAAUUUGAUGGAAAUAUAUAAAGUCAUUCCAGGGGGGAUUGGGAUGGCAUUGCAAAUUGAAUUAAUUAAAACAACAAUGAUGUGUAUUCCAACUGAUAUUAUGUUAAGAAAUGCAACACUAGUAGCAUCUACCUUAUUUGAGAAGAAAGAUGAAUUAAUUAUUUAUUGUGGAUUAAAAACAAUGAGGAUUAUUAGUGAUAGAAAUCCAGUUCUUUGUAAAAACCAUCUUGACACAAUAAUGAAAUUUAUUAGUAACGAUAAUGAUUCUGUUGUAGAAGAGGCUAUUGAAUUAAUUAACAACAUUACUGAAUCUGAAGAGGCUGUGAGUGUUGUACUAACAUUAUUAGAUCUUGUAAAGAAAGCAUUAAGUCAGGUUGAUAAAUGUAAAGUUAGAAGUCAAAUAUUGAAAGUUGUUUAUAUUAUUUGUGAGAAAUACACUCCAGACUUUGAAUGGUAUUGUAAUAUUGUAAUUCAUAUAUUAGAGCUCAAUAAAGUAGAGCCAAUGCAAGAAGGAUUGAGUGAAGAAGAAUUAACAAUGAUUUACACAAAUUUUAUUGAAGCAAUGAAAAGUGAAGAAGAAAAUUAUAGUAUUGCUUUACAAAAUAUUUAUAAUGUUAUUAAUAUCAACUACGAUGAAAUAACUCUUUCAUUAGCACAAUUUGCUUGCUUAAUUAUAUCAAAAUGUUCUAAUUUCAAUGAAUUGGAUAUGAAUGAAAUAAGAAAAAUUAUUAUUAAAUGUAUUAAAAAAGGUGCUGUUAAAGAAGGUAUUGUUGCUGCAAUUCAAACAAAUAAUAUUGGGAUUAUUCAUUCUUUACUCUUUAAAGAAAAAAGUACCAAAGAUAUUAACAAUAAUAAAGAUAAUAAUGAAAUUCAAAUACCACCACAACCUCAACAACACCAACCAAUUGACUUAUUAAAUAUUUGGGAUAUUCCACAAAAAACUCAACUACCUAAUGUUGAAGAAAAUAAUGAUCAAGUCCAAUUUGAUCAACAUUUAAUUAAUUCUAUUGAAAUACAACAAAGAUGUCAUGAAAUGUUAAUGUUAAAUCAAAUUGGUAUUUCAUAUCAAGCAUUAAUUUCAAAUAAUAUCAAUGAGUCAACUGUUGAAAAACAAGUCCUUAUUUCAGAACCAAUUAACUUUAAAUCAACUAAAAAAGAUGAGCCUAUGUUAAGGUUUGAAGAAUACAAACAAGAAUCAUUUAUUCCAAAAUCUCAAACUUAUCAAUCGCCUCAAAACUCCUUUCAACCACUUUUUCAAAAUCCUAGUUCUAAUCAAUUUGAAUUAAAACAGGAACCUUUACAAAAAAAUGAACAACUUACUCAACCAACUGUUAACCCAUCACAAAAGAAAAGAUGGAAUUUACCACCAAAGUAA